UACAUCAGGAGCCGCACAAAAAAAAAAGCUUUGUUUUUCCUCGUCUGUUCCGGCGGGGGGAGGCGGCGAUGGCCGCGUGGGCCGAUGGUCGGCGCUCGCGGCGAGCGCACUAAUCCACAGCUUCGCGGGGGCCAGCUACUGAUCCGGUGUAUACUCGCCGGCGAUCAAGGACGUGGGCGCCAACGCCGGCUUCCUCUCCGCGUAGGCGCCCGUGGGCCACUGAAUCCCUUGCAUCGCUCUGUGCCGCCGGGUACCUCCCCAUGUGGCUCGCCGGCCCCGAUCCCGCUCGUCUGCCUCGAGCCCUCGACAUGCUGCUCGCCGCGCAGGCGCGGACCUUCCUAUAUACGGCCGAUGUCGUCACCGCCGUCGAGAACUUCCCCGGCCACCGCGGCACCGUCAACGGCAUCCUGAAGGGUUUUCUGGGCUUUGGGUGGAGCAAUACUUAUGCUAGCGAUAUUACCCACAGGCCACACGAUAUUACCCACAGGCCACAGUCGUCGCAUUGCUGCUCAUGUAUUUUGUCGAUGUCCACAGUGCUCAUCGGUGGUACAACAAGAAGUUCCUUGAUGCCUUCGCUCUUAUGGCCGUUUCUGUUGCCGGGUACCUGAUGGUUGUCAUAAUCUGUGACCAAGUAUUCGUGAUAAGUUCAGCUGGACAGAGUGUUUGCUUCGCGAUACUCCUGCUGUUGAUCAUGUCUCCAACAGUUAUUGUUAUAACAGCUCACAAGAUGGAAUCGAAACAAUGAGAAGAGCCAGCUCUAGCACUGCGCUUGUGGGAUCUGGUCAGGACAUGUCGUCGCACAAAGAAAACAUGAAUGUGGUGCAGGCCAUGUGUAAACUGACUUCUGACUGCUCUUCCUUGCGAUGGCCUGUGGAAUGGGAUCGGGGCUAGCCAGGGUGAACAACAUCAGCCAGAUCAGGGGCUCUCUUUGAGUAAACGAGCAGGGAGACCAGCACCCUGGUGUCGCUCUGGAGCAUCUGGAACUUCUCGGGGAGGUUCACGAGGAGUAGGCUGGCCUUUUUCAUAGCAGCGACGCUUCUGGUCAUGGGUGUAGGCCAUGCUAUCAUCUCCUCCGGUUUCCACGCAUAGCUCUACGUCGGCUCUGGUUUCCAAAGGCGCUUCUAUGGCAAGGAGUCGCCACAAGGUGAGUUUGCCUGCGCCGGUAAGCACUGCUUCGCACUCCCCUUCCUGAUUAUGGCAUGUGUUUGUGUUUCGGGUCUGCCGUAGCAUUUGUAUUGUUCAUCAGAACAAAGAAGUUUUGUAGGUGAGUUAUAUACGCCAGACUGCUGUCUUUUGUAGAGAAUAAACUUAUAUAUAUGCAAACGACACUCAGUAUCAUGUUAGCAUUUGGUA